AUGGGAGAUUGCGAGGCAACAGCCAGCAGGGCCGAGCACGUCCUGGACGGAAGCCGGACGGGAGUGGGCGAUAAAUGGAGCGCGACGGGGUGUCAGACGUGUGGGGGGAAUGAGGAGGAACCAGAAAAGGCGAUGACACCUGAGGAAGCAGGAGUAGGUUGUUUCUGUGGCCUGGGACUGGUUAGCACCAACAAGUCCUGCUCAAUGCCACCCAUCAGUUUCCAAGACCUCCCGCUAAACAUCUAUAUGGUCAUCUUUGGCACAGGCAUCUUUGUCUUCAUGCUCAGCCUCAUCUUCUGCUGCUAUUUUAUCAGCAAACUCCGGAACCAGGCACAGAGUGAACGAUACGGCUAUAAGGAGGUGGUGCUCAAAGGUGAUGCCAAGAAGUUACAGCUCUACGGGCAGACCUGUGCCGUGUGCCUGGAGGACUUCAAGGGGAAGGCCGAGCUAGGCGUGCUCCCGUGCCAACAUGCCUUCCACCGCAAGUGUCUAGUGAAAUGGCUGGAGGUCCGCUGUGUCUGCCCCAUGUGCAACAAGCCCAUCGCCGGCCCCACAGAGGCCGCUCAGAGCAUCGGGAUCUUACUGGAUGAGCUGGUGUGAGCACUGCUGUGCUGAGACGCGAAGACCUCUUGCUCUGUGGGUGUCUGGCCCUCUGACAGCCACAAUGAAUAAGACUGUUGAAUGCUGAUCGUCACAGUCACCCGAAGGGGAGUGUGGCACAGGGCUGGUGUCCCACCCUAAGGACGAGACCAGUGCCAGACCUGCCCAUCUUUCUGUCUCCUCAAGCCUUCCUGUCCCUCAGUACCUAUGGCCUCACCCAGCCAGACUUCUGUGCCCUAGUACUGGACAUCUUCCUGCCUUGUUCCUGCCCGGUAAGGAAUCCACCCUCACCUGGCCAUGGAUACGGACACUGUCCUCCCUCAGUUUCCACUUCCAGGACAAGCUGGCAGGGUGGGGCUGGCUCUGCCCCACCUACAACCUCCACUCCCCUCCCUACUUCCAUGGAAGGAUACAAGGGAAGGAAGGAAAGACCUAGGAACCAGGCGCCUCCCCUGGAAGUAGAGAACAGGGACCUCUACAAGGAAAACAGUCAAUGUUUACAUGGGACCUAGUGAAACAGGUUGGACAGAGGCGGGCUGAAUGCAGAGGCAUGCAGAGCCCAUCCCUGCCCCUGCUAGGAUCUGAGGUGCUAUCUGUCUACCCACCCUUGCCUCUUCCUCAGUUAUUUCAGAGCUUCCUAUUCCGUGUUGGGGUUGGAGAGCCCUCCAGCGGAAGGCCUAUUAUCCGGUCAACUGCUUCCCAGGGGCUUUUUCUAAAGGAGUGAAAGGGGCCCAAGGACAGGAGUGUUGGAAUUCACAGUAUCAACGGAUACCUGGGCCCCCUUUGUAAAUAGUAUUUUUAUACUCCAUCCUCACCAUCUCAGGCUUUACCCAUGGGAUUUCCUGCAGUGGCGAGGGUAGGAGGUGUCCCUUCCUUCCCAGAGUGGGUGAGGGUGGAAGAAAGAUAUGUAUUUAAAGAAAAUUAAAU